CCGCUCACAUCCGUGCAGCCAAACAAGCAGGAGCGGAGCAGUAAUGACAGCAGGCCGAAGCCGCAGCAAUGAUCAACCAACUCCAGAUGGCCACUUGCAUGACACUGCGGCAGCAAGAGAUGGAUUAUGCUGUAAUACUCAGAAAAUGGCACUUUAAACUGACGGAAAGCAACAGCAACCCGACGGAUGCCGAGAAGACCAAGGAGGACAUAGCCAUGAUGAUUGCACUUCUCAUCGCAACGUGCAAUUGGCAGCAGCAGGAGCUGCAGCGCUUGGCGCGGGUGAUUGACAGCAACUGUGACCAGCAAGAUGGCACCAACCGCGGCUUUCAUACCCACAUCGGACACCUGGAGAACUUGGACACCGCCACACCAGACAGCAAACCUUAUACCAGCCAGCCAUCAACACGACAGCUCGAGCAGCGGAUCGACCAUAUGGUUGCCACAAUCGGCAACCUUGGCACGUUCGCAGAACCAGCAACGAUCAGUCAACAUAUUGCCUCGUUGACAAGCGAUCUCCGUACGCUGCAGCAGCGACCAUCAGGUAGCAGCGACCAGCGUCCGUACAAGAUGCCAAACUUCAACAUUGAGAAGUUUGACGACUACACCAAGCAAGACCCGCUAGCAUGGUGGCAAGGCUUUACCACUCAAUCACGUUUCCGCGACGUUCCCGAACACCUUAAGCUCGCGACGCUCUAUCUCAACACCACAGGUGCAUGCCAAAUCUGGCUCAACCACCUCAUUAGCAAGGAAGGAGUCAACAUGGACCGCCUGCACGCCAAGUUGGAUUGGGACAUCGUGGAAGCUUUGUGGAAAGCAAGGUUCAUCAUACAGGACGAGGUCGCCAAGGGCAUCAACAAAGAUUUCCAGAUGUACCAAGGGAGCCAGCCGACGUAUGAAUGGUUGAACGAAUCGCAAACGAUUGUUGCCAUUCUGGAUCUGAACUUACCAUUCACACACAUUCAAUGUGAGUUCUUCAACGCUCGGUUGACUCCUUGACCCAAGCGCUUGCUCGAGUGGAGGACUAUGAAGAUUUCGGUUCGAUCGUAACUCAAGCUUGCUCCCUCAUCCAAACCAAUCGGCGUGCUGCUAACGA